AUGUCACAGAGCCAAGACUCUCAGUUCUCUGACAACUAUUCUUCGUCGAUUUUUGAGGAUAAUCCUCUGGAUAACCUAACGUUUCUUUCAUCUGAUGGUUUGCAGCCAUUCAACCCUGAUACCUUAUAUGGCCAGAGCACGCCAGAUUCUACGCCUAACCUUGGUUUCGCCCGGCCAGCGCUUCCGCCCUCCAUCCCCGAGACGCUCGAACACGUUGGCCCUCAAAAGAAGAAGAUCUAUGUCCUCUGGACAGAUAUGGUUAAUGACGAAUUCGUUGCAUGGUGGUUAAAGACAGAGUAUGGAAGUCAGACAAAACGGAAUAUCUUCGAGAGCAGAUUGUUGGGAGCAUUUUCACCAGGUAGCUGCUAUUCAGGAUGGAUCCCCGCGAAGGUUAUGUGUAGAACAUGUGAUCAUAUCCUUAGCCAUCCUGCAGACCGUCAUCGUGGAACAUCCUCUAUGAAUAAACACUAUUCACAAGGGGUUAAUUGCCGGAAAUUAGCGCCUCGUUCGCAGGACAUCAGAAGGCUAAUACGUAAUGGGGCUAAGCCAUCUCAAAAAGGCACCUUUACCCAGCAAGCUUGGAUAGAGAGGGUGAUCACUUUCAUGACUGCCUCACGAUUACCGUUCCAGCUUGUCGAGCAUCCACAGUUUCGUGCCCUUAUUGAAAUGGCCCGGCUUGCUCCGUCCUUCCCCGAAAUACCAUCUGCAUAUAUGGUCCGCCGUCAACUUCAAGAAUUAGUUCAAGAACGACAAAAUACUCUUCUUCGGACGCUUCCUAUGGAUGCUAAGCUUUCCAUUGCACUAGAUUGCUGGACUUCGCCAUUUUGGCAGGCCUUCAUGGCAGUGACAGCCUACUUUCUCGAUAAAGAUUGGAAUUAUCGUGAGAUCUUACUUGGCUUUGAACCGCUGCAUGGGGCGCAUACCGGAUUGUAUCUGAGCACAGUUCUACUGGAAUUACUUCAAAAACAUCGCAUUGAAGACCGGGUUUUAACGGCUACCACAGAUAAUGCGUCUAAUAACUCAACGUUAGUGGAUAGCAUCCGGGGGACACUCCAGUCACUUGAGCUACCUAAUCAUAAACCAAUCAUUCGUAUGCCAUGCAUCGCACAUGUCAUUCAACUCAGCUUAAAAGAGCUGCUUGGUCGGAUGGAAGCAAAUCCAAGGAACGAAAGAGAAGAGAUGGAAUGGACUAAGAGAGAUAAUGGGGCCCGGCGAGAGAACCGUGAAAUCGUGCACACCCUCUCUAAGUCUGUUCUCAACGACUUCUGCUCACAAUACGACAACCAAGAGCUACGACCAAGCCAGGAUGAAUGGCGACAGAUUGACUAUCUUCUUUCAAUUACACAACCUUUCUUUACCUUUACCACAUCCCUUUCGAAGACCAAGGAAAUCACCAUCCACAGCGUCUUCGCAAUCUACAACACCCUUUUCUCUCAUCUAGAGAAGUCUAGAGCUCAGCUUGCACGAAAGAUGGUUGACUGGAAGAAAGUGAUGCUAUCUGCUAUUCACGCGGCGAGGUUGAAGCUCUCGGAGUACUAUAAGCUGAUCAAUGGGAUUGAUAGUGAUCUCUAUGCAAUUGGUACGAUCCUGGCGCCACAAAAUAAGCUGGAAUUCUUUUCUGGCAAAGACUGGGAACCACACUGGCGUGUCCGUUACCGCAAGAGCUUAGAGAAUUACCUGGUACCAUACCAGCAGCGCUAUUCAGAGACACAGUCCAUAUCGAGUAGUCAAUCCUUGAUUGGGGGAAUCUCUGAUGUUGAUAUCCUCGUGACUUCGACCACGUCUCUCCGGCCGCAGACGAACGCUCAUGACGAGCUUUCGCGGUAUCUCGGAAGUACACGCGACGUUCUCACAACUCCUGCUAGCGGUUCUGGCGUUGAGCGGUUAUUCAACUCUGCCCGUGAUAUUUGUCACUAUCGCCGAGGCUCGCUGAAAUCUAAAACAAUCCAGGAUCUUAUGUUGUUUAUGUGUACAACAAAGUUUGACAUGGAAUCCGAACAGCUUUCUCUGAUGGAUGAUUACUUCACCACCCAAGAGGCGCAAGCAGCAAGGGAAGAAAAGGAUGCUCGGAAGGCUGAGUGUGAAUUUGAUCUCAUCAGUGACAGUGAGGAUGAGCCUUCAGCAGCCAUAUCUCAGACCGUCCAAACGGUGAGCGAGCAUGCGCAUGGUAAAAGACGAAGGGCAGAAAACAUCACAGAAGGCCUAGAGCAUGUGAUUGAACUAGAUGAGGAGGAUGAAGUUCCCCUACCUGACAAUAUCCAUAUACAGGGAGAGAGUAGUACUCAGAGGCGUUCAUCAGGACGGCUUCCAAAACGUUCAAGGUGA